UGGGGGCGGAGCAGGGGUGGAGCCAGGGAGACACAGGUGGCCUCUGUGAAUAAGAGCACAGGCGCCACAGUGGCCUGCAGCAGUAUGAAGCAGAGCUGGGGAGGAGGGCUGCUCAUCCUGGGAGCCGUGGUCCUCACAGAAGCUUGUGGGCAGCGUGGCCCUGGACCUCCGGAACCUCAGGAGGGCAACACGACACCUGGCGAAUGGCCCUGGCAGGCCAGUGUGAGGCGGCAGGGUGUCCACAUCUGCAGUGGCUCCUUGGUGGCAGAUACAUGGGUCCUCACUGCUGCUCAUUGUUUUGAAAAGGUGGCUGCAACAGAACUGAGUUCCUGGUCUGUGGUCCUGGGUUCUCUGCAGCAGGAGGGGCUGAGCCUGGGUGCUGAGGAGGUGGGGGUUGCUGCCUUGCAGUUGCCCAAAGCCUAUAACCACUAUAGCCAGGGCUCCGACCUGGCCCUGCUCCAGCUCACCCAUCCCACAGCCCAUACAACCCUCUGCCUGCCCCAAUCCACCCAUCGUUUUCCCUUUGGAGCUUCUUGCUGGGCCACUGGCUGGGACCAGGACACCAGUGAUGUUCCCAGAACCCUACGGAAUCUCCGCUUGCGUCUCAUCAGCCGCCCCACAUGUAACUGUCUCUACAAUCGGUUGCACCAGCGGCUGCUGGCCAGCCCAGCAAGGCUUGGAAUGCUGUGUGGGGGUGCCCAGCCUGGAGUGCAGGGGCCCUGCCAGGGAGAUUCUGGGGGCCCUGUGAUGUGCCGUGAGCCUGAUGGACACUGGGUCCAGGUUGGGAUCAUCAGCUUUACUUCAAGAUGUGCUCAAGAAGACACUCCUGUCCUGCUGACUGACAUGGCUGCUCACAGUUCAUGGCUGCAGGCCCGAGCUCAGGGGGCAGCUUUCUUGGCCCAGGACUCAGAGAUUCUGGAGACCAGUGACGAGGACAGCUGUGUAGCAUGUGGCUCCUUGAGGAGUGAAGGCCCCCAGCCAGGAGCCCUCUCUCCGUGGCCCUGGGAUGCCAGGCUGAAGCACCAUGGAAAGCUGGCUUGUGGUGGAGCCCUGGUGUCAGAGGGGGUGGUACUGACUGCUGCUCACUGCUUCAUUGGGCGCCAGACUCUAGAGGAAUGGAGCGUAGGACUGGGAGCUGGACCAGAGGAGCGGGGCCUGAAGCAGCUCAUCCUCCAUGGGGCCUACACCCACCCAGAGGGUGGUUAUGAUGUGGCCUUCUUGCUGCUGGCUCAGCCUGUGACACUGGGCCCUAGCCUGAGGCCCCUUUGCUUGCCCUAUGCUGACCACCACCUGCCUGAUGGUGAACAUGGCUGGGUUCUUGGGCUGGCCCAAGGAGCAGGCAUCAGGUAUCCCCAGACAGUACCUGUGACACUCCUAGGGCCUAUGGCCUGUAGCCGGCUACAUGCAGCCCCUGGAAAUAAUAGCAUUCCCAUUCUGCCAGGGAUGGUAUGCACCAGUGUUGUGGGUGAGCAGCCCCACUGUGAGGGCCUAUCUGGGGCACCACUGGUACAUGAGGUCAGAGGCACAUGGUUCCUGGCUGGACUGCACAGCUUUGGAGAUGCUUGCCAGGGCCCUGCAAGGCCUGCGGUUUUUGCGGAGCUAUCUGCCUAUGAGGACUGGGUCAGCAAUCUGGACUGGCAGGUCUACUUCGCUGAGGAGCCAGAGCCUGAGGCUGAGGCUGGAAGCUGCCUGGCCAACUCGAGUCAACCAGCCAGCUGUUGAUUGGCGGACUCUAGUUUACUCACAGGACACCAGAAAAGCCAGGCAAUGCCUACGCCAACACCCCUAUCAACGCCCUUCCUGGCAUUGGGGCGCUCUUCCCCUCCUUGUUUUGUGGUUCCCAGUCCUGGGGCAGGUCUAAGAGCUGGCUGGGAAUGAGCCUGCCCAG